GAUUCUGGGAGGUGUGGCAAAAGCGUCAAUCCCACUGGGAAGGGAAAAGAGAAACCAGUUGAACUUGAACAUUUGGAGUCCAGGGGUUUGCAGACCAUUGGGGCAUAGAAGGCAUCUCGAAGAGAACCGGACAAUGUCUCUGUAUUGUAGAACAUUUUUCAGGAGGAAAUCUUUUGGGUGCUAUAGGCUGCUGUCAACCUAUGUCACUAAGGCACGAUACUUAUUUGAAUUGAAGGAAGAUGAAGAGGCCUGCAGGAAGGCUCAGCAGACAGGAGUGUUUUACCUCUUUCAUGACCUGGAUCCUUUGCUCCAGGCGUCAGGACAUCGAUACCUGGUGCCCCGGCUUAGCCGAGCAGAGUUGGAAGGGCUGCUGGGUAAGUUCGGACAGGAUUCGCAAAGAAUUGAAGAUUCGGUGCUGGUUGGGUGCUCCGAGCAGCAGGAAGCAUGGUUUGCUUUGGAUCUAGGUCUGGAGAGUGUCUCCGCCAGCCGUGCCUCCUUGCCGAAAUCUGAAAUGGAAGCAGAGCUCGGAGGUUCUUUCAUCAAGCUGAGGCAGGCUCUUUUCCAGCUGAACUCGGUGGACUCCUCCUUGCUGUUCACGGCUCAGGCUCUUCUCCGCUGGCAUGACGGUCAUCAGUUCUGCAGCAAAAGUGGGCAGCCCACCCAGAAGAACAUGGCUGGCAGCAAGCGAGUGUGUCCCUCCAGUAAAAUCAUCUAUUAUCCACAGAUGGCGCCCGUAGUGAUCACACUGGUGUCAGAUGGGGCCCGAUGCCUACUUGCCCGCCAGAGUUCCUUUCCCAAGGGGUUAUAUUCUGCCCUGGCAGGUUUCUGUGACAUAGGUGAAAGUGUGGAAGAGGCUGUCCAUCGAGAAGUUGCGGAAGAGGUGGGCCUGGAAGUGGAAAACUUACAGUACUCUGCGUCCCAGCACUGGCCCUUUCCCAAUAGCUCCCUCAUGAUCGCUUGUCAUGCAACCGUGAAACCAGGGCACACAGAGAUUCAGGUGAACUUGAAGGAACUAGAGGCAGCCGCCUGGUUCAGUCUUGAUGAGGUGACCACAGCCCUGAGGAGAAAGGGCUCCUUGGCUCUGCAGCCCAGUGAGGCUUCCUCAUUGUUGCUGCCUCCCAAGUUAGCCAUUGCCCACCACUUGAUUAAGAAGUGGGUGGAGACACUGAGCUGUUCUUCCCUGGCUGCUUAGCUCAAAUGGAGCCGUUUGGAUCCCUCCUGGGCAUUGCUGCAGGGGACUCUGGAGAUGAACUGCGAAGGGAGGUGACAAAGCCUCCCAGGGCAGAGGCUCUCUGAGGAGUUCCACUGCCAGAAGUGCCUUCUAAUGCUCCACGGAAAAUGUUGGUGUAAACUGGAUAGAGCAGCUUGACCUGUACUUGUCCCAGCUACCAUGGAGGCGGAGGUGAGAGCGUCGCUUUUGCCCAGGACAACCGGGACAACAUAUUAGACACCGUCACUUAAAAAGAAAAUAAAAACUGUAAGGAGUUGACUGAUGAGAUGCUAACAGUGCAAAGCUGAGGGGAGGUUGCUGACUGGCUUGGGUGUAGCCCAAGACUGUGGGAACAACAUCCUCCUGGACUGGCUGAUGCUGGAUUUAUAGGAACUGCCAAACGUGCCAGGGUGAUUUAUCUUACUGCCAAAAUAUUAACAAUUCUCAACUCACAUUUGAGUUGCUUCUGUCCUCACAGAAAAAUAACAUUUUAUGUGCUUUCGAAUUUGUGUGAAGGUAUAUUUUUUAUAUUAUUAUUAUUUGCAUAAGCGUUUGCCUGUGUGUAUGUCUCUGUACAACAUGCAAUGCCUAGUUCCUGUGGAGGCCAAAAGAGGGUGUGGGUCCCUGGAACUGAAGCUAGACUGUGGUGAGCUGCCAAAUGGGUGCUGGGAAUCAAGCCUGGGUCUUCCAGAUGAGCAGCACCGAGCCAUCUCUCCAACACCUACAGACACGCACUCCCAUGUGUGGCAGUCAAAGGUUGACUUUUUAGUAGCCGUUGUCGCUGCAGAUCAAACCUAGGGCUUCCUGCUUGGUAGAGACAUGCUCUACCAUGGAGGCGCAUCCUCAGCCCAAAAGUUAGGGUUCUGUUUUUGUGUUGAAGCUCUGAAGGGAUGAGGGAAGUGGAAGCAUAGGUCUUCCUUGGAGUAUUCUGCAGGCAACCAGAGGCGGUAUUCUUUUGAAGUAGCUAAAUCCCAGAAGGGUGCGAGAUGAUUUAAGACUAUACUGUCUUUCCUUCUCUUUCGCUCACUCAGUUUGUGACCUAGGGAAAAAGACUAAACAUGACACACACACACACACUGAGGGCGCUGCUUAAGUGAGGAAUUAGCGAGGAUAAGCAAGCACUAAGCCUGAAGCCUGAGUCGGGAUUCCUUCCCACAAAUAUGACCCUGCACUUCCUUCCCUUCCCACUGUGCUAGAGACUGAACUCAGACCUCAUGCAUCUAGGCCAGCCUGUCACCGACCUGUAUCCCAGACCCAUGUCAUCUGUACCUUGCCACUGUAAGGGAGAAGUUUCUCUGGAGGAAUUAAAUUUCCAUGCCUUUA